AUGAAAUUUAGUUCAAUCCGUCGUCGUUCCACCUUGAGUAACCGAAUCUUGUCAACCAUUCCAAAGGCUUCGAGUAUGGAGGAGUCAACCCCGAGCUCAUCAACUGGCCGUGUCUCUGGUCAAGUAUGUGAUCGUUGCCGACGAAGAAAGAUCAGGUGCCAUGGCGAGGAGAACGAUUGCUCUCCAUGUCUACAAGCCAAUAUAGUCUGUGUAACGACGGCCAAGUUAAAUAGAAACAGGAAACGAAAAAGUUUCUAUGAAGCUGAGGACAGUCAGCAGCGCCGCCGGGCACCAUCUGACGAUCCCCAGCGUGUCUCAGCCACCGGUCGGUCAGCACAACAUUCUGCAACAUCACUGAGUCCGUCUGACACGAUCAUCUACCGACCUUUGUCUCUUCAGCAGGCUAUUCCUGGCACAGUAAGACCUACUACACCAGAUGCUUCUAACCAAAUAAGUGCUGCGACAGAGGUUCAUCAGCCUGUUUCCCUCAACCCAGCCAAUGAGCCUGUGAUCGGCCAUAUGGGCCGCCUUGUUGUCGAUGACCGAAAAGCAUCCAUGUUCGGCGGCUCUACCACAGGUGUCCAUUUCAUUAGUCAAGUUGAACAACAACUUCAGCUUCUUCAUAUGCACAAUGAUGCGCUCCCCAGUUGCGCUUAUGGGUUAUAUUUACACAACCCCUGGGGAGCCUCUCUUCAUACGUCCGGCUUACAGAUAGCCCACAUAAUCGCUCAGCUUCCCUCAAACACCAUAGAGAUCGUGGAAGUUGCUAUUGACCUUUGGACACCGCUGUACCCUAUUAUUCACAAAUCUUCGACCGUAGACGCCAUUGGAAAGCUGUUUAGCCCAGUUCAAUCCGCCACAAACGAUGUUGUCAUCGUGUACCAAGCCCUUGGGCUACUAGCUCUUGGGCUGGUUGGACAGACAGGUGAUUGUUGUCAGCAACACAAUCACUUUAUUUGUGCUUCGGAGCGUUUCUACGUUAUGUGCACGACUCUAUUCGACAGGGUUUUGGCCCAAUCUAGCUUACAGAGCUUGCAGGGCCUCGUCAUCAUACAAAUCUAUCUUCAACUGUCUGGGCGCCAUUCAACAGCUUCUCAGACGUCAGGCCUAGCCAUCCGACUGGCCCAAUCCUUGGGACUUCAUCGACAUUCAGGUCGAUUCAGGUUCAACCCUCUUGAGACAGAAUUAAGACGAAGAGCAUGGUGGUGUCAAUAUUCCUUGGAUGCGUUCUCAAGCGCUUAUCACGGCAUGCCCCGUCUAAUUCGUGAUCAGGAUGUCGACACUGACCUCCCUACAAGCGUUGACCAUAAUCUCUUGUAUCAAACUCACGUCGAGUUUCCUCUACCCGGCGAACGGUCACAAGUAGACACAGCUAUCAGUCUGUUUAAACUUGCGCGUAUUAUUGGUCGCACUCUCGAGCAUCUAUACACGACCACCAGGCGUCGCGGGGCAAUUGCCAAGAUUAAGCGUAUCCAAGCCGAUCUUAGCAUGUGGGAACGAGUUGUUUUUGAACCUGAGAUUGAUGCCGAGUUCACUACGCCGGUAACAAGCAGACCUCUGGAAUCUUUGUUCUUGAAAGUUGCCCACUGCGUUGCGACAAUUCAUUUGCACCGGCCUGCGUUAUCUUUUACGACUGCUCAUUCUCAGUUUGUAUCUUCUCUCAAAGCCUGUGGUCAAGCUUCUGCAACUCUUGUACAUUUGUUGAACUCCGGCCUUGGCACACUGGGAACUGAUUUUACCAUAAAUACGAUGGUGCCGGGUGACUGGCGAGAGAGCCUACUUGUCGCACUUCUGUAUCCUAAUGGGAUACACAUGCUAUGGCAAGCAGGGUUGACAAUUCUUUUCACGAGAUGGAAAGGCUAUCCUGUGGCAAUUGAUGAGGAUGAGAACAUCGUCCAGUCAUGCAUCGAAUCGCUGCGGCAAUUCCACAACCACACGGAUGACGUCGGAGAUCAUAUUAGUCAGUGCGCAGAUGUUCUAGAUCUAUUGCGCCAAAAGAUCUUCUCAAACUUGCAGACAACACCUGAUCUCGAACAACUUCAAUGGAAUAUUUGGGAUUGGCCAAUGGCGUCAGCACUGGAACUUGCUAACACGCUUGAUACAGCACCAUUAGACUUAAGCUUAGAUCAGCAGCGGUGGCUGUAG